GUUGGGGUGGAUUAUUCAGAGUAUAUGCAUCAGAUGGCAAAGAAACAAAUGAAGGAACUUAUAGCCAAUAAAAAAGUGACCCUCCACCACUGUGAUGUAGCAGCGAUGCCUCUAGCAGACAGCACUGUGGAUAAAGUCUUUCACUGCAACUGCUACUACUUCUGGCCUGACCUUAGAAAAGGAGCCGCAGAGAUACACCGGGUGAUGAAACCAGGAGCCCUGAUGGUGACUACUCUGAGGCUUUCUCGUGUGGCUGCUAUAGCAGCAAAGGGGGUGAUGCCAGGGGAGAACUGGCGCCCAGAGGCCUUUUUGGCAGCUUUGAGAGACUCCGGCUUCACUGAUGUUAGAAUGGAAGACAAGCAGCAUGGAAGCAUUUCUUUUCAAGCUAUCUUUGCCACUGCCUUCAAAUGAGAUUGCAUCUUAUCUACACUACUCAUGUGAUUGUGAGAUUUAGUGUGAUUACUCUGGUUAUUACUGGUCUUCUUUUUGAAGACUGAUAAAAUGUAACUUAUCAUAAUGGCAAGCGUAUACAUGAUCAGAACGUUUUGCAUCAUUUUAUUACAUCAUUAUCACACAGUAUUACUUUGAUUAAAAACUGUGCAUCUGUGUUACUGUAAAAAAUGGAAAUUAAACACGGUGGUGAACUGUAUGGAAGAACCCAACUGGAUGAAUGUGUAAUCAUGCAUAACCAAAAAAAAGCAUAAUAUUAGGAUAAUAUAGAAUAGGAAAUA